UUGGAAGGACAAAGUGCAGGCUGUCAUCAAACAGUGUCCAUGAUUGUUCACUUACAUAUGGUGACUCUUCUUACAUUCUCUUGUGUAAGUUUAUGCAGUUACUAACCUUGUCCUUUCAUCCUUAAACCGGGUUAUGGGAACCACAAAAUUAAGCCUUUUCUUUUCUAUAAAUCACACACUCUCCCCUUUCUAAUUUCAUCAACACCCUCCAAUGGAAGGUAGUUUUGCAGUUUAUGCAGUUCCUACUCUGCUUUUUCUGGCCCAAUUACUCUGUUUCACCAAUGGAUUUCCAAUCUAUGAAGAACAAAACAAAGAGUACAUCAAGACGUCAUGUACCAACACAACUUAUCCCAGAUUGUGCUACAAAUCUCUCUCAACCUAUGCAAGCAAAAUCAAUGGUGACCCCAAAUUACUAGCCACAACUGCUCUCAAUGUGACAUAUAUCUCCACCCAAUCGACGUCGAAAUUGAUGAAGAGGAUAUCAAGAAUCCACAAUUUGAGACCCAGAGUGGCUGCAGCCGUGGCGGAUUGUGUUGAAGUGUUGGGUGACUCUGUUGAUGAGCUGCAGAGGUCAAUUGAAGAGAUGGGUCGUGCCGGAGGAGGACCGAGUUUUGGGAUUGUAAUGAACGAUAUAGAGACAUGGGUUAGUGCGGCAUUGACAGAUGAUGAUACUUGUAUGGAUGGGUUUGGUGGUAAGGCCAUGAAAGGAAGAGUGAAGAUGUUGGUUAGGAAAAAUAUAUUGAGAGUUUCUCGUUUGACUAGCAAUGCUUUGGCUCUUGUUAACAACUAUGCCUCCUCUCAAGCUGCCUUGGCUUGAUUAAUGAGGCAAGAGGGGUAUGUAUGUAUGUACGUACGUAGGUACGCAUGUAUGUAUAGUUGUAUGCAUGUACUGCUAAAUUUAAUAACACAAGAAGAAGAAGGAUUCGAAGCCACUUAA